GGCAGUGCACACACCGUCCUCUGCAUUGUAAUGCCACACAUGCCAUUAACACCAUGUAGCCUGGAUUUACUGUGUAUCCGGUUGGACCUGGUGUCAGGGAAGCCUCGUGCGUAAUGCGAGAGAGAGGGGGAGAGCAGGUGCUGGGGUGUUGCAGGCAAAAGAGAGACCCCUCCAUGCCCGAGCCGGGAGCUGCUCCGCGGCGGAGUCCGCAGGGAGUCCCCUACACCGACCUGCAGCACAUCGUCAACGCCGACGGACUGCACCUGUUCUGCCGCUACUGGGAGCCCGCCGGUCCGCCAAGUUGGCCAUGGACAGAGCGAAGGAGACAGGAUGAACAUCAAAGAUUUCCAGGUUUACAUCAGAGACUCCCUGCAACACAUUGACCUGAUGAAGUCUCGCCACCCCGACCUGCCCGUCUUCAUUGUGGGGCACUCCAUGGGUGGUGCUAUCUCCAUUCUGACGGCAUGUGAGAGACCUAGUGAUUUUUCCGGAGUGGUUCUGAUUGCUCCGAUGGUCCAGAUGAACCCAGACUCGGCCACACCGUUCAAGGUUUUUUUGGCGAAGGUCUUGAACCACAUGCUGCCCAGCCUCACUCUGGGCUCAAUUGAGUCCAAAUGGGUCUCACGGGACAAGAAGCAGGUGGAGGCGUACGAUGCCGAUGAGCUGAACUUUCACGGCGGCAUGCGGGUGUCGUUCGGCAUGCAGCUGAUGGGGGCGGCGGCACGUAUCGAGAGGGAGAUCCCAUCUAUCAGCUGGCCCUUCUUGCUCCUGCACGGCGACGCUGACAAACUCUGCGACAUCAGAGGCUCCAAGAUGAUGCACGAGAACGCUCCGAGCUCUGACAAGAAAAUCAAGGUCUACGAGGGAGGCUACCAUGCCCUCCACCACGACCUCCCCGAGGUAGCUGAGUCCGUGUUGAAGGAGGUGACCAGCUGGAUCACAGAGCGCCUCCCCGCCACGACAUCUCCAGAACCGCAAGGCUCCUAGACUCUUGACUUGGACAAUCCCGGUCAGCUCUCACAGGCAACUGCCAGCCGUCGUCGUCAAGAGGCCUGCUCACUCUCCAGACAGGCAUAACAAUACCAUUACACUCUCUGGUCUGGGAAAUACACCUGGGCAUACAGACUAUUUUCUCUGUAUAAAAAGUUUACUGACUUUAUCCUCCGGGCAUAUAUUGCUCUACUAUAUAUCCACUUCUCCUGUGUACCUAUCAAAUAGCCCAAGUUACACUGAUUUAAAUUGAAUGAUGGGGGUCAGAAACCACUUCCACCUCUAGGUGCGCCUCACUAAAGCAAAGCUCAAUUAAAGUAAAGUUUAAGCUACAGUAUGCUGGGGUUCAAAGUGCAAUAAUGAAGUUUGCAUCUCCAUGUUUAUACACAUAGGCCAGAUAGUAGUAAUGACAAAAGUAAUGUUAUACAAUAUUGAUCUGCACAAGGGCAUUUCCUUUUUGUUCAUCCACUAUUCACAGACAGGUCAGAGGUCCGGAUCAGCUGGAGCUUAGGGUGAAUACUUGAUAGCUAGGCCCUCACACUGCUUCUCUGCCUUCACAGUGUCAGUAGAUGUGUAAUAGACAAUAUAAGUGAAUACAAGUUUUCAGUGAGAAAGUUUUGUUAGUGCUUGCCUGGAAGCAGUUUCUAUUCCUGGUUCAGAUUUGACAGCUCAGGAGGAACUGUCACACACUCUCUUCCAAAUCUCCUCCGCCUCUUUUGCCUCCUCCAUGAUUGUUUUACAAAUAACCUAAAAUACCACUUUAGAUGCAGGCAGCUCUUGUAGAGUCACAUUGAAACUUAAACUGUAAGCACAUGUGACUCUGUGUAUAUAUUACAAAUCCUCUCCUCUCCUGACCCUUUUUUUGGCAGUGAUACAUUAAAUAUGGAGAUCUGGUCUUAUCUAUCUAAAUUAAGCCUAAAUUAUAAUUUUAAAUCUAGUCCUAAUAGUUAUAUUCAUUUGGCAUGUUUUACAAAUUAAGUGGCCAAAUAUUUCAAAUCUUGUAUAUUUUUUACCACCUAUGAAGUGAUAUUGUAUUUAUUUUCCUUUUAUAGUCAAAGGAGAACACCACAGCUUAUUAACUGAGGGACCAAUAGACACAAUGACUUUCCAUGUUAAGUAAUAUAUGUCUUUCAGUGGGUCUAUUUAAGAGAGUAGGAGAAUGAAGAGGACGCAAAUUAACCAGGUAAAGCUGCUCCAUCUCUCUCUGCAGGUGGGAGUUAGGAGGAGAGUGUGAAGGUCAAAAGGUCUCCCCUCUAUGUGACUUUUGACCUUUAGGGUCAUAGUUGACUUCACUGUUAGAGGCUUUCUCCUGAGCCAUAACUUCAUUAAGCUCAGACUGCAGACAGGGGCCCAGAUGGAGAAUGAAAGGGACACAUCACUCUGUUACUGUGGACAAAAGAGUAGCCCUCCUCUGUUCACAUCUGCCAUUUGGUGGACACUUUUCAUCCAAACCACCUUAAAGUAAUAUGGCUGCAUACAUUUCUAGCAUGGGAGGCCACAGCGGGAAUCCAGUUCCUAUCUCAGAACAAUGCCGUAUUCAUGAUUGUUUUGAGAAAACAGGAUGUCCUGUAGAGGAAUUGCAUUUCAGAAAGUGGUAUUACUGAGAAAUAAACUUUUGGAUUCAAAAGCACCAUUGAGGACUGCACCUAAAACCCACAGCAAUCUAGCAUAGGGCCCAUGUAUAUUAAUGUUAAAAAAUCACCCACUUUAAAUAAUAAAUACAUUCAGGCUAAUUGCUACCAUUGAGGACAGUAUAGUGAUGUGUUCUCUACUGAAAAACGUACUAAAUUUUGGUGCGAAGUAACCUCAGUAUUUCUAAAGGUCUGUGUACAGCCCUGGAUGCCUGUUUUGUGCUGGCCAACUAGCAAACAGGAAAAGUGCUUUCAAACCUCUGAACCCCAUUUACAGUAAUAGUGGCUAAAGCAGGGGUCAAGUUCAUGUUUUACUUUUUCUUUAUGUGUUUUCAAAGUAAACUCUCAUAGUGCUCUCAAAACCCAGUUUCAAAUAGCAAUAAUGUCAUGGUAGCGUAUAUUUUCGGUAGCUGGUAAUUAUAAUCUACACAGACACACUGAGCUCACCUUUUUAUAUUGUGAGGUUAGACUGUAAUUAGCAGGUAUCGCUAAGUGUUUUCCACCUCAAGCAUGAAAAAGUUUCUGCAGCACGAGUUCUCAGCCAACCCCCGACUCUAAACAUGGAAAGGCGUCAAAGGUUUUGAUCUUUGUAGCAAAACUCAGACAUACAGCAAGUGUCUCUGUCUGUUGACUUCAGACAUCAUGCAUGUCCUAUAGAAAGUACAGCUAUGUGCAGUGCUUGGAGAGAGACCCAAGAGAUUUGGCUUUUUAGGGGCUUUUUUUCUGUAUCAGCCAGAGUUCAAAGGGACUCAUGCAGAGAGAGUAAGGGAAGCACAGAGCGGUAUCCACGGUGACCGUUACUCACGUGUAACCACGGCAGCAGGCUGGCGGCACAGUAUUUUUUCUUUUUAAUUCCAUUUUACAUGUGUAGUAACCAGGGUGAUCACAGUUAGACUGAUAGAAUGAGAUGAAUUUCUGGCCUCAUGCCUGCUCUGUCUGUUUAACCUUCUAUUUCCUCACUCUUACCCUCUCUCACUCUCCCUCUCUCACCCUGUGUCACCCUGUUUCGCCACCUUUUUUUUAAGUUGCUGUGGUGACCAGCGCUCUUUGUUCUGUCCAUCACAGAGCCCCUUGUUCUACUACAGAUUCAAAGGACUUGUACUGCCAGCCACCCACACUGUCCCUAGUGGUCAAUUAUCAGAACAGCAACAGGUUACAUUACAUUUUGUUACUGUUCAGCUUUUUUUUCUUGUUCUAUAAUUAGUCAUAGAGCUGCCGCUCAUGUAACAGGGAAACCAUCAUGUAACCUGCCACAGACUGCUCAGCUUUAUGCUGUAUCUUACACACUAAAUGGCUUCAUGAACUCAAAAAGCUGACACUUUUGAGAGUGUAUGCAAGAGUUUAACCAAAAAUUGCUCGCCUGCCAACAUGCUCUGCAGACACUUUCCAGCUCUGAUGUAUUUUGCUAUUUUUAUCUCAAUUGUCUCUGAUGUUUGCAAACUGUUCUCUGAUCUUGGUACGGAGUGAACCUACUGAGUUGCAUUCAACAAUUGGACAUUAACGAACGGAGAUCAAAAGAAAAGCAAAGCAUGGCAAGUUUAUAAAAUCCCUUCUCAAAAUGCAACUCAGAGUUCUUUGCAUAAUGCCUACAAUGCAUACAUAAGACCUAAACAACAUAGAAGCCCAUUUAAAAGAAAAGGGAAACAAGAGAGAAAGAAGGGAGUUCUCUGUUUUCUCAGGCAUCAGAAGACAUUUUACCAGACCAAAUAUCAGGUUACAUCAAGUCAUAGCUUAAGGUGUGAUGUGUUCAUCAGUCCCACUGGGAAUCAGACCCUUAACCUCAACCACAACUGCAGGGCUUUAUAUCACAAGCACUUCAAACACAAUGGACCCCUGAUUGGGCUGCAGCAAGCACAGGGCACACAAAGGCUACAGAGUCCCAGUUGUAUUCAAACUCCUAAUAGCACCCCUGCUAUGUAACAGUAAAUUUCAAAAGCUCUACCUGUCAGACUACAUGAGUGCAUAUUACUGCUAUCCUUAGCUAUGGGGGCGGAGAGAGGUGAAGAAUGAGUGAGAGGAGAAGAGAGAGAUAAAGACAGGAGAGAAGCUGUCAGUAACCAUGGCAGCAGGGUUGUUUUUUUUUCCAGAGACAUCAGCCAGUAAAAAAUGUUUGUUAAUGGUGCAGGACGUACAACAGACGUUGGUUUCAGAGCUGGUUGUCCAUUUUGCUGCUCUGAGGAUUCCCUUUUGUGUGAGCAUGGAGAUAAGAGAGCACACAAUUACUGUCAUCAGUUCACAGUGAAUAAUAAGAGCUGCAAACACUCACUGAAUUCAAAUCAGGCUGCUCUGUUGUUUGUACUGAAAACACACUAUUAACGUUUUAGCAAAGAAUCAUUUUCUUGGAGUUUUUCAGACCAAAAUGUUUCUUUUUUUCUAGAGAAUUUGUGCAUUUUUGCCCACAUCCAUCCCUUGUCUUGAUUAAAAAUCAGUGGAAAGCCUUGUACUGUAAGCCUCCCCUGUCCAUGCCGGUAUCUUUUUCUGCUGGCUAGUUUACUUCUACAAGCAUGAAUCGUAUGCAGGUUUGCCAUACUGAGAGAUAGCCAUGUACAGAUGCAUUGAUCUGUUAAUAUGUAAUAAUUCACUCGACUGUUAAUAUCUUUUUUAUUUAGGACAGAAGAUCCAUGUUAAGUUAGGGAGAGAAAAUAAAUGAAGGCAGGAAACCGCUGAAUCUAAUCUUACCAAGCGAAAUUCAAUUGGCCUGCAGUUUUGUCAAUGGGGCCAUUGUUUCGUUUUUGUGUUUUUUAUCUCGACUUUAUGACUGUUUCUAAGAAAAGAGCUGUUAUAUAUGAUAGAGGACUAAAAGGCACAGGCCAGUUUUUCUGUAAUUUUAUGAGAUUAAACUGCACUGGAAAGAUUCAGUGCAGAGUUUGCAGGAAGUUUCGAGUCAGUGCUUAAGUGUACAGCAAGAAUUGAACAGGUCUUCUCCAAAAUGCUGUAAAUGCAUGAAAAAAUAAACCUUAAGUUUAUCAUGUCUGUAAAAUACUGAAGAUCCAGGUUGUUAAAGUAUCACCAAUUCCUCCCCUGAGAACUUAAAAAACUUCAGUCAUUUGAAAUGGUUGAUUUUGCAUUUUGGAACAAACCCCAAUUCAAAUCUUGCUGCUUUUAUUAACAGUGUUGAUUGAUGAGAUUUAUUUCUAAUGGCCAGACUGCUUGAUUACUGAACAUAAUUGUAGUAAACUGUUUAAUAGCAUAGCAUUGCUAACAAUACUUAGAGUAGUAUAGAAAUCAAGAUAUUUUACAAAUAUUUUAUUUAUCUUGUCUGUGAGUAUUUAUAGGAAUUACUUUUAUGUAUGCUACUAUAUAUUGAUUACACAUCAUCACAAGGCACUUUUUAUACCAUAGCUCAGUCAUAUUAUGUAAUUUCUACUGUUGAUGCUCGGCUACAUGAAGCUCCAUAAUACUUUUUGAGAUGGAACCUGGUUCAAGGUUGUUUGUAUGUACAGUCAGCAAUCCCAAAAACGUAUGACAGUUCUUCUAACAUGGUUUUGCACAGAGAGUAUUUUACUACUGUCUGUUUAAGUCGGCGUUGUGUUGAUAAAAAACUCAAGUUUUGUUGCAGUUUGCCACAGAACAAUGAAUGUUUAAACCAUCUGAUCUUAAAAUGUUUUUUGUUUUGUGACAGGAUCUAACCAAGCAGUGUGUUAUAUUGCUACAAGUUUGGGAAACUCUUGUACUUCUUUCCCAAAUGUACUUUUCAGGAACUUACUUUUUUUAAAUUAUGGACAUGGAUAUGAGUGAGAGACUUAAUGUAGCGCUCUCCAUUCAUAAAACCUUCUGUUACGUCUCAGAUAAAAGACAAUUUGGUCAAAAUAUACUAAAGGACUAAAUUGCAAGUAUCAGGUUUUCUCCUAACAGCAGCAUUUUUCUGGGAAAAAUAAGCCUCGGAUUCAUUUGACUAAGAAUUCCCCCCAAUUUAAAGAGAUUUUUAUCUGAAUAUAUAUUUUACGAUUAUUUUUGGAUUGUGGUCUAGUGUUGUUUGUGCCUUAUUAUUAUGAUGAUCGGUAUCUGAGUGUGUUUGUGUGCGUACAUGUUUUGAUAUAGAUGAACUGUGCUGUUGUUCUGUUAUUCCGUUGCUCUGGUUUUCUGUCUGUCUGUCGUCACAUCUGUUUCUGGUUUCUGGUUCAGUAAUUGUGUCUGUCUGCUUGUCUUCCUCCUGUCUGUCUCUUUCGAUUAAUGUGUGUCUGUCUGAAUUUCUGUCCAAUCAGAGGUCUAAGCAGAUUUGGGUCAAAAACAAUUUCUACAUUUUUCCGUGUAGGCUGAGAUACAGCUCAUAAAUACCUCCCAGCUCCUUUAAACACCUGUUUCGUUUUAGUCUGCCUAAAGACACCCACAGUAUCAAGAAACACAAUACAUACGUACAAUAAAGACAAGGAUUUGUACUACUUGGGUUGCUAUAGGAUAAUGACUAUAAAAUCUGUUUUUUUCCCAAUGGUUCCCAACAGUUAACAGGAAGUUCAGUUCAUCCCAUGAUAUUAACAAAGGGAUUUAUAAUACAAAAAAAAAAAACUUUUUGGACCACCCUGAAAAAAGCCUGUAGCUGUACUUUUUCUUUGGUGUUUCAAUGUUGAAACUAUGAUUUGUGUUUAUUUAAAGAAAAAAAUAUAAUAGCUCUGAAAUAUUCGCAGUUGGUUUCUGUAUUUUUGGCAGAACUGGAGACAUGGUUUGUCAUUACAGUACUUGUACUGUGCAGUUACUCUGCAGUUUUUGCACAAACAAAUACUGGCCAUAGUUACAGGUAAAGAUCUUAAUUGUCUUGGAAAUUCUUAAAUGCAUCGUCAGUCAGCUGUAGUGGAAAACUCAGCUAUGUGAUGUAGAAACUAGAAAGACAUAUGAAUUAUUGACAGGAAAAGCAGUGCUCAUCCCAUACAGUAUAAAUGUAAUAGAGAAAAUAAUGUUUUUUUCAUUAUAUUAUUGGAAAAGAAUGUAAAUCAAACCCUAACAUGAUCACAUGUUGACGUAAAGUGUCAAGUCAAUUGGAGUUGGUGUGUAUAGGCAGCACAUAGUGGACCACAUAAUGUUAUAUUGAAACAUCACAUUCUUGAGUCUUCCCUGUAAAGUAAUGUGUUGUUUGUUUUAACAGUCUGCUGUAUACUGUAUGACACUUUAGUUGAAUAGCCCAGUGCUGAUACUUAACUCUCAUGUGACAAAAUGUAGAUGUUAAAACCUUAAUUUAACUCAGAUUUAUAUAAUAAACAUUGGCUUUUCUUUUCUUUCUUUUUUUUAUUUUCACUGACGCAUCGUAGUCACGUCAUAAUAAGUAUCUGCAUUGGACAAUUUUUUUCAAGUGUGACAAAAUAUUGUAUAUAAGAUGUAUAAAACGUGUAAUAAUGGAAUUACUUCUGAAUCACUGAAAGUCAAACUACUUGUUACUAGAAUGUUCAUAAUGUUCAUAAACUCUUACAGAAUAAACUAUAUGACUGUUGAACUGUA